AUGGUCGGCAUCCAAGCAGAUAACCUCACCGUCAAUGACGGCCCCCUAACAUCAGAGAAUGCCACCCUCCUCCGCCCCUCAGACCCAACCCUCCCCCUCGAGGACCUCCGCAAACGCUACGAAGAAGACGGCUACCUCUUCCUCAAACAAGUCCUCCCCCGCCAGGACGUCCUCGCCGCCCGAGAAGCAUACUUCACCUCCCUAAAAUCAACAGGAGUCCUAAAGCCCGGCACAACCCCCGUCGAAGGUAUCUUCGACCCCGCCAAGAACCAUCUAGACUACCCUGGCAUUGGCGCAGCACACGCAGAUGGGAAUGGCAGACCCGGUGGUGACCGAGCCGCGGCCUUCGUCGACCUCGCCCUCGAUGCACACUACCAAGACUGGUAUGCGGAGAAGUUCUGUAACCAUCCAGCAUUGUAUGAUUUCAUCGCGCGCUUCUCAGAUUGGGGGAAGAAUACCGUCAGCUUGCGUCGCACGCUUCUUAGGAAUAAUAUUCCUGGAUCGAAGCCCAUUGGCGUGCACUAUGAUCAGAUCUUCUUGAGAUAUGGUGAUCCGACUAGUAUCACUGCUUGGGUUCCUAUGGGAGAUAUCAAGCUCAAUGGGGGUGGAUUGAUUUAUUUGGAGGACGGCGAUGGCAUUGGAGUUGAGAUGGAAGAGGCUUUCUUUGCUAAAGCCAAGCAGGCUGGAUUAACUGAUGAAGAGGCUAAGUCGGCUUUUAAUUCGAAUAUGAUGUCCACGGGUCUGCUCUCUGAACGUCCGGCUGAGUUCGCUCGGGAACAUAGUCGGCGAUGGUUGGUGUCCGCGUAUGAGGCUGGUGACGUGAUUCAUGCGUCCACUAUAAACAAUGAUCCGGACAAUGUUAUCCGUCUUGCGACGGAUCUACGGUUCUGCGACUCGUCUAAGCCUUAUGAUCAGAGAUGGAUGAACUUUUAUAAAUUCAAUGAUGGCGUGUAG